AUGAAGAUACAGGAGAAUGCUCACCAUGAAGUUUGCACUGUACCUGCAGUCAUUCUCCAAAGGAAUCAUCAGCUCCCAUCGGUCAGAGAGCAAGAACAUAGUGAUUGUCUGACUUCCAAGGGCAUACCUGCCUCGAAAGGUGGGAUCCAUGUGCAGCCCAAGGUGUACAAGACAAGCGUAGAAUCACUAGAAGAUGACAUAGAUGAAAAGGAUGAAAACUCUGAUAACCAUCCUGACCUGUAUGAGACUGCAAGCGAAGAAGGGGAGACAGCUAUGGACCAUGCAUGGUUCCAGUCACCUUCCUUAUCAGACACGUCGAGUGGGAUAGAAGAGUUCGUUUUUCAACAGAGAACAGGUCGCCAUAAGCUGAAAAAGAACACAACUGACCAGCUAAACCUGGCAAAUAGCACUGCUUUUGAAGUCACUAUCUGGUUUGUUUUUCAACGCCGCGAGGUGUUGGUCGCAGUCGAGAGCACGGAUGACUAUGUUGCUGUCAAACGAGCACUUGGACUUGCCAUAGGCAUUGAAGCUCGUGAUUUACGCCCACUACAGUACAAAAUUGAGAAGGAUCGCAACCAGUCAGCAUUCAGGGACUUCAACUCGCAGAGAGAUUGGGAGCAUAUCAUUACCUGGGCUCGCAAAUAUCGACAGUACCAGCUAAAUCGAAAAAAUGGGACACCAAAUGAGUGGUCCGUCCGGAUCAGAGAAGCAAGCGGCAGCAACACCCAGGCAGCAAUACAAGGAAUGGAGAACGUCAGUGCCAAAGCCGGCCAACACAUCAUCCACAAGAUCCACAGAGCAAUAGACGAACUGCACAACGAUCAAAAGCGUAGACAAGAACUCGUAGAGGCGAGCGAUGACGAGACGAGGAUCAAUCGAUCGACUCAGAUCACUCUCACGUGGGUCCCAGGUCAUGAAGGGAUCGAGGGUAACGAAGCAGCGGACGAGGAGGCCAAGAAGGCCAUCACAGAUGGAUCAUCCACAGCAGCAACACUCCCACCAUGGACGAAGGACACCCUCCCGCAGAAUAUCUCGGCACUCAGACAGGAACUCAAACUUGCAGCAAGGAAGUCAGCACACGACAAGUGGAAAUCUUCAGCACGGUACGACAGGACCAGGCCCAUCGACGAGACAAUGCCAUCCAACAAAUAUCUCCAAAUCACAGACGAGCUAACGAGAGCAGAAGCAGCGGCACUUAUUCAGCUACGUACAGGACAUAUCGGACUGAACAAGCAUCUGAACCGCAUCAACAGAGCGGAUGCACCGUGGUGCCCACACUGUGGAGAGGGAAAUGCAGAAAACAUAACUCAUCUCCUCCACAUCUGCCCAGCGUACAAUGCAGCGCGAGCCGAAUGGGAAGGAGCAUUGCGUGAGAAGACGAGAGAACCAGCGGAGAUACUAGGGACAAAGGAGGGAAUCAAGGAGACGUUGAAGUUUAUCAGGAGGGAGGUUGAAGAUGGGACGGGAGGAUACAAACGGAAGGGAAAGAGAGUAACCAACUCACCAGAGAGACAACGCGUAUCGAAACCAAACCAACUUCACAGACAGUCAAGGCGAUCGAAAGCAAGCAAAAGUAGCGUAGCAGAGCCACACCCAGAGGGAGAUCUCGGCGAGGAGAGCGACAACUGCCUGCCUACAAGGAGAUGCACGCGCCAAUGA